CGUAUGUCUUCGUCUCUCCCUGGUCCGAAGCUUCAUUUCCGAAUUCCGAAGGCGAUCGAUCGAGUUUCGUAUCGUAUCCGAAGAUAUUCGAAUUCUGGUUCUUACAGAAGGAGGAAAUUCGGAGAGAUUGAGAAUGGGGAGUCCGAAGAAGAACGAGAGCAAGGGGUUUUUCUCCGCCAUGACUUCCGGCUUCUCCAUGUUCGGCACUGCCAUGUCGAGAUCCGUCAACGGGUUACUUGGUUAUGAAGGGGUUGAAGUCAUAAAUCCAGAGGGUGGCAAGGAAGAUGCUGAAGAGGAAGCUCAGAGAGGAAGGUGGAGGCAGGAAGAACGAGAUAGUUACUGGAAGAUGAUGCAGAAGUAUAUAGGUUCAGAUGUCACGUCCAUGGUGACUCUUCCAGUUAUUAUAUUUGAGCCUAUGACCAUGCUCCAGAAGAUGGCAGAGUUAAUGGAGUAUUCCCACUUGUUGGACCAAGCAGAUGAAUGCGAGGAUCCAUACCUGCGUCUAGUAUAUGCCUCAUCAUGGGCUAUAUCUGUUUACUUUGCCUACCAACGAACUUGGAAGCCCUUCAACCCUAUUCUUGGGGAGACUUAUGAGAUGGUCAACCAUGGCGGAAUCUCAUUUAUUUCUGAGCAGGUUAGUCAUCAUCCCCCGAUGAGUGCUGGUCAUUCUGAAAACGAGCACUUUACUUACGAUUGCACAUCAAAAUUGAAAACCAAAUUUUUGGGUAACUCUGUUGAUGUUUACCCUGUUGGAAGAACACGUGUGGUCCUGAAAAGAGACGGUGUGGUUCUUGAUUUGGUUCCGCCUCCCACCAAAGUUCACAAUUUGAUAUUUGGGCGGACCUUUGUUGACUCACCCGGGGAGAUGAUAAUGACGAAUUUGACAACUGGAGACAAAGUUGUGUUGUACUUCCAGCCAUGUGGUUGGUUCGGUGCUGGACGCUAUGAAGUGGACGGAUAUGUUUACAGUGCAGAUGAAGAGCCUAAAAUAAUGAUGACCGGAAAAUGGAACGAGAAAAUGAGCUACCAACCUUGUGAUAUGGAAGGGGAACCCCUUCCAGGCACGGAACUGAAAGAGGUAUGGCGUGUAGCUGAUGUCCCGAAAAACGACAAGUAUCAAUACACGCAUUUCGCUCACAAGAUAAACAGCUUCGACACCGCUCCAAAGAAACUCUUGGCCUCAGACUCGCGUCUUCGUCCUGACCGAUAUGCUCUUGAGAAGGGCGACCUUUCUAAAGCUGGAACCGAGAAGCACAGUCUGGAAGAGAGGCAGAGAGCGGAGAAGAGAGCACGAGAGGAGAAGGGCCAUCAGUUCACUCCGAGAUGGUUCGAUCCGACGGAUGAAAUCACGGCUACGCCUUGGGGAGAUCUUGAGAUAUACCGAUACAACGGGAAGUACACAGAGCACCGAGCCUUGGCGGACACCUCGGGGGAAGAGGCCAAUGCCAAUUCCGUCGAGUUCAACCCGUGGCAAUACGGUAACGUAUCGGCGGAAUGACGUAGGCUUUUGAUGAUCACAUAGUGUCUCAUCUAUUGAGGAAUGAGUUAUAUGGCAUGGUCAUGGUUUUAACUCUUGCUUUGUUGAAUCUGAUUUAUGUUGUCUUCUUGUAACAUCAAGUGUGUGAUAUUGUGUUUCACAUCUUCUUCGCCUAUGGAACUGAAUAAUCUCAGUCGGAUCUCAGAUGUCGAUUAUGUUUUGUUUUUUCUUUA